AUGACGAAGCCUAGGCGUUCGGUCGGACCGGCCGUCAAGUACCGCACUUGCGACGCCUGCCAUUCGACGUUGUACUUCACGGACUUGGAAACCCAUUUUACCGGCCACUGUCCGCCGACCUUGUCGAAUUGGACCCAGGCGUUCGUCAACGACCUUUGUCUUUACUCGUACGCCAAGCUGUACACGAAAGAUGACGAGUACAUGGUGGGCAACGACAACGUGGUCGUGCCUGUUGCUGCGAUUCAGUUGUGCGGCUUUGUGCUCGGCGAACCGGUCAUUGUGAGGUGCGGCAACAAGACUUUCGUCAAGCACAUCUGGCCUUCGGACGACUUGCCGCUGUCGAAUGUAUAUUUCUCCAAAGAAGUAUUGACUGACGAACUAGAUCAGUUGAACCACGUUUCUGUUGAGCGAUUUAAAAUUCCACCGAGUGAAGCUCGAAACAUUGAAAUACGUUUGUCGAACAACGAUCAAUUACCAGAUGGAGAAUUCAUUCGCCAUCUGUUGAUUCACCUUUCUAAUAAAUAUGAAGGACGUAUCAUCAAACCUUCAGAUUUUUUAUGUUUUGACUUUUAUGGACGUAGCCUCGUCUUGGAAGUAUCAAGAAUUUGUACUUUUCCAAAUGCUGGACUGAAUGAACAAAUGCAAACUAUGAAUAUAAACGAUGAACAAUUUUAUCAUAUUUCAUGUUCUACUACAUGGAAUAUUAAAGAUCAUGUUGACAAAGUUAAUAUAACUUACCCAAUAUCAGAUGUUGGUGGAUUGUGUGAUAUCUAUGAAAAAGUAAUGAAUGUAAUACAAAAGUCAAAAUUUCAAGGUGUUUGUGGAUUUCUUUUACAUGGUAUUUCUGGAACUGGAAAAACAUUAUUAGCGAAUACAAUAACUUAUUCAUUAAAAAGACACGUGGUUGAAAUAAAAGGUUGGGAAAUUCUGAGCAAGAUUUAUGGACAGUCUGAAGCAAAAUUGAAAUUAUUUUUUGAAGAAGCAAUCAUUAAUUCUCCUAGCAUCAUUCUAAUUGAUAGGCUAGAAACAUUAAGCAAAUCAAAUGAAUCUUCAGACCUUGAAAGAAGGAUUAUUAACACACUUCAAACUAUGUUUGAUUUAUUAAAAUCAACCAAACAUAAUGGAGUAGCUAUCAUUGGCACUACUAGCAAUUUGAGCUCUGUUGAUGGCAAUUUACGAAGACCAGGAAGGUUUGAUUACGAGAUUGAAUUACCAGUGCCAAAUGAAUUACAACGUAAAGAUAUUUUGACGAAACAGUUAUCACAUAUUGAACAGGAAAUAAGUGAAGAUGAAAUAAUUUCCAUUGCACAUCGAGCUCAAGGAUUUGUGGGAGCAGAUUUGUUAGCCGUUGUUAACCGAGCACAAACUGAAGCAUCAAUUAAUAAUGAAAACGUCACUUAUAGGCAUAUGUGUUCUGCUUUAACUCAAGUGAAACCAUCAGCUAUUAAAGAAGUUAUGGUUCAAGUGCCUAAUGUUAAAUGGACAGAUAUAGGUGGCCAAGAUGACAUAAAAUUAAAACUUAAACAGGUCGUUGAAUGGCCACUUAAACAUCCAGAAGCUUUUAAACGCAUGGGUAUCACUCCACCGAGGGGUGUCCUACUAUACGGGCCUCCAGGUUGUUCUAAAACAAUGAUUGCUAAAGCUGUAGCAACGGAGAGUCACUUCAAUUUUAUAUCUGUCAAAGGACCCGAACUCUUCAAUAAAUAUGUUGGAGAAUCUGAACGUGCUGUCAGGGAAACAUUUAUGCGUGCUAGGAGUGUAGCUCCUUGCGUUGUAUUUUUUGACGAGUUGGAUGGCUUAGCUGGUGAAAGAGGUAUGGGAGAUAGUGGUUCCAGUGGGGUUCACUCUAGAGUCUUAGCCCAAUUAUUGACAGAGUUGGAUGGUGUUCAACCAUUAGGAAAUGUCACUAUUUUAGCUGCAACCAAUAGGCCUGAUCUAAUUGAUUCUGCUCUCUUGAGACCAGGAAGAUUAGAUCGUAAAGUUUAUGUUCCAUUACCAGAUAAGACUACCCGUUUCGAGAUAUUAAGACUAAAACUUUCAAAAAUGCCAACAUCACUUGAUGUAGACAUCAAUAAAUUAGUUGAACUUACUGAAAAUUAUUCUGGUGCAGAAGUGAUUGCAAUCUGCCAUGAAGCUUCAUUGAAAGCUUUGGAAGACAAUAUAAAGGCAGAAAAAGUAGAGAUGAAUCACUUUGAAGUUGCACUUCAAUCGUUACGGCCUCAAACACCGUUAUGGUUACUAAAAAUAUAUGAAAAGUUUUCCGGAAUCCAAAAGUAA